AUGACCCUGAGGAAUUUUGGAAUGGGGAAGAGGAGUAUUGAGGACCGAGUUCAACAGGAAGCCAGCUGCCUUGUGGAGGAGUUGAGAAAAACCAAUGCUUCACCCUGUGAUCCCACUUUUAUCCUGGGCUGUGCUCCCUGCAACGUGAUCUGCUCCAUUAUUUUCCACAAUCGUUUUGAAUACAGAGAUCAGAAUUUUCUUAACUUGCUGGAAAGAUUUAAUGAAAACCUGAGGAUUCUGAGCUCUCCAUGGAUACAGGUUUGCAAUAAUCUCCCUGCUCUCAUGGAUUAUCUCCCAGGGAGUCAUAACAAACUGUUUAAAAAUUUUAAUUAUGUGAAAAGUUAUGUUUUGGAGAGAAUAAAAGAACACCAAGAAUCCUUAGACAUUGACAAUCCUCGGGACUUCAUUGAUUGUUUCCUGAUCAAAAUGGAACAGGAAAAACACAAGCAAGAGUCGGAGUUUACUUUUGACAACUUGAUAGCUACUGCAUUUAAUUUGUUUGGAGCUGGGACAGAGACAACGAGCACCACCCUGAGAUAUGCUCUCCUCGUCCUGCUGAAGCACCCAGAGGUCACAGCUAAAGUCCAGGAAGAGAUUGACCGUGUGAUUGGCAGACACCGGAGCCCCUGCAUGCAGGACAGGAGCCACAUGCCCUACAUGGAUGCCGUGAUACAUGAGGUCCAGAGAUACCUUGACCUCAUCCCCAACAACCUGCCUCAUGCAGUGACCUGUGACGUUAAAUUCAGAAACUACCUCAUCCCCAAGGGCACAACCAUAUUAACAUCACUGAAUUCUGUGCUACACGAUGACAAAGAAUUCCCCAAACCAGAGGUGUUUGACCCUGGCCACUUCCUGGAUGAGAAAGGCAACUUUAAAAAGAGUGACCACUUCAUGGCUUUCUCAGCAGGAAAACGGAUUUGUGUGGGAGAGGGUCUGGCCCGCAUGGAGCUGUUUUUAUUCCUGACCACCAUUUUACAGAAAUUUACCCUGAAACCUGUGGUUGACCCAAGGGACAUCGACAUCACUCCAGUUGCCAGUGGGUUGGGCCAUAUGCCACCCUCAUACCAGCUCUGCUUUAUUCCUGUGUGAGGAAGGGCAGACCGUCUGGCUGCUGAUGUGCAAUCAUCUGCAACUCCCCCUCCUCUGAGACAUUGUUCACCUCCUUCCCACUUCAUCCCCUUCCCAGAAAUGCCUUCUCUGACCUCUCAUCUCAUAUCUCCCCAUUCUGGCAAUAUCCAGUGAACAUCCAACCUCCAUUAAUGGAGAGUUCCC